CACCACUAGUGAUUACAUCAUUGGCCAGGUGAUAACUAAUGUCUUAUCACGCCCCACCAUAGAAGCCAUACACUUGUAACUGUACUUCAGUCCAGAGUGUGAUUUUGAAGUCUGCUUCUAUCUUCUUGUUUGGGAAGCAAAGACACUUCAUAAUUUUCAAAACCUCUGAUCAAAACGGAGUGAUUUAGUGAUCUACAAGGAAGCCUGGCAUUCUCGCUGAACGCCAACAGCGGCGUUGUCCCCUCCUGCCAUACCACAACUAGGACCAAGAUUAUCGGCAAAGGAAGAAAUACAGGACAAUAUGCAGUACACUCCGUUCGCUUCAGAUAUAGAGUUGCCUUUCUAUACCGCUCUGGCAUCUUCAAAGAUUAACAAUGACCGCCUCGAUGAUUCGGCUCGGAAGGUCCAGGGUCUUUACGAAAUUCGCCCUUCAGAUCUCCCUAAUGUCUCUUCCCGUAUGCAGAUCCAUGGGAAUGCGCUCUCAAGUGACGAGGUUCCGACAGGUUACUAUAGGGCUGAAGGGUUAAUCAAGAACGUUAAUACCAUCGAGCAAUACCGAAAUAUAGACAAAACGCAUAUACUUCAACAAGCUGGGAAGACUAUAUGGGAUGCUAUCAAUGACGGUUCCGUCUAUUCCUGCCCGUCACUGCUCUCCUCGUUUAUGGUUCUCUCUUUUGCAGAUCUCAAGAAGUACAAAUUUCACUACUGGUUUGCGUUUCCAGCAAUACAUUCAGAACCUGCUUGGGUACCUUCUGACACAUCCGAUGAUUCUGUCGGCUUAAAUCAGAAUGAGGGCAAUACCAAGCCAUCAAGUACGAGGGGCCUCUCUUCCAUUGAGAGUUCGGCACUUGUGGAUGCAGUCCAAUCCUGGAGUGGUGGUGUAGACGCUCGCCAAAGAGGCUUCUUCCUAGCCCGAAAGAUUCGGAAGAUUGCUAGCAAAGCAGAUCUGCCUGUUAAUUCGGUGGACGUCCUCGAGUUUCAUUGGGAAAUAGGGCCUCUUUCGAGCUAUGAGAACGGUUUCUUUAGCAAAGUAAGAUUCGAAGACUCUUACAUCUGCUUUGCGGACCCUUCCAAUUAUGACAGUGCACCUGGGUGGAUGUUAAGGAACCUUCUGGUACUCGUGAAACAACGCUGGGGUCUUGAUAAAGUCCAGAUUCUUAGAUAUCGCGAUUCACAUCUAAAUCCCGAUCAAGGCCGCAGCACUAUAUUAGUCUUGAGGUCGAAACAUUCGACGUCACCCAAAGACAUUGAGUCACAGCAUCCACAUCCCUCCAUGCCAAAGGUCACUGGCUGGGAACGCAAUGCUGUUGGCAAGUUGACAGGAAAGGUAGUUGACCUGACAGAAUAUCUGGAUCCAAAGAGAUUGGCGGAUCAGUCUGUUGACCUUAACCUCAAACUUAUGAAAUGGCGGAUCAGCCCUAACUUGGACCUCGAGAAGAUAAAACGCACCAAAUGCCUUCUGCUUGGUGCAGGUACUCUUGGAAGUUACGUUGCCCGGAAUUUAAUGGGCUGGGGUGUCACUAAAAUCACUUUUGUGGAUAGUGGAUCUGUAUCCUUCUCCAAUCCUGUGAGACAGCCACUCUUUAAUUUUAGAGACUGUUUGGAAGGCGGUGCGAAAAAGGCACAUCGUGCCUCGCAGGCUCUGUCGGAAAUCUACCCUGGAGUCGACUCUACUGGACAUGUUCUAGCCGUUCCGAUGGUAGGUCAUCCAAUCAUGGAUAACGAAAAAGCUCGGGCGGAAUUCGAAGCUUUGGAAAACUUGAUAGAUGAGCAUGAUGCCAUAUUCCUGCUCAUGGACACACGAGAGUCACGCUGGUUACCAACCGUGAUGGGGAAAGCUGCGGGCAAAAUUGUGAUGAAUGCAGCACUUGGCUUCGAUUCAUUCGUAGUCAUGCGUCAUGGAACAGCCAAUUAUUCUGACCUGACGUCAGAACUUGGUUGCUAUUUUUGCAAUGACGUUGUUGCGCCAAUGAACUCCGUCAAGGAUCAGACGCUCGACCAGCAAUGCACUGUCACCCGCCCUGGUGUGGCCGCGAUAGCAUCAGCUCUUUUGGUUGAAUUGCUUGUGUCACUCCUUCAACACCCGCAGGGUUCUGCGGCACCAGCUUCAACAUCUAGCAAAGAAGAUCGAGGAGACCACCCGCUUGGGCUUGUGCCACACCAGAUCAGAGGAUUCCUUUCAACUUUCGAGAACAUCUCAAUCGUAGGCAGGAGCUAUAAAUGCUGCAGUGCCUGCUCUGGUAAUAUAGUCAAUGCCUAUAAGGAAGAGGGGUGGGAGUUUGUCCAAAAAGCUCUGAAUGAGACUGGGUACGUGGAGGAAUUGAGCGGCCUGAGAGAGGUUCAAUUGACAGCGGAAGCGGCUGUAGAUGAUGUCGAAUGGGAUGAAGGUUCUGAGAACGAAGAAGCAGAGAUACUAUAGGAUUGAAUUAUGCUUUUAGACACAAGCAGCUAGUGGAGGAGUACUGCGCGGUCCUUAUGGCGUUCUGCCCAAUGCAUGCACAUUGAUUCCCCAAGAUUUAGCUUCUCCGUUCGAGACCGAUGAAGUAUGCUUCCUUUGAUUCCUACAGACGUUAUCAGCGGACGCCGAUGGUACUCUCAUGCACAGCGCAUACGUUACGCGAUGAUUCUGGCUUUAGUCUAUGGACUCUUCGGAACAGUUCUCUGAGCUGCUUUUCGAGUUCCUUAUCUUCGGCUCCUUGGUAGAAUUUGCAGACAAA